AUGGAUAAUUAUAAGAUUUUCGAGGAUUAUUUACUACAGGACUUUGAUUCUGUCUCGACUUUGCUGGCUGAAGGUGAUGAAGAUGUCAAGAUAAGGUUAUGUUCACACUAUGCUGCGCUGAGACUUAAGCGCUUUUUUCGUUGGGGACAAAUGAAAGAUUUAGAAGAAUCUAUUGAAAAGGCAAAACUGGCAGUAGAGAGAACAGCUUACGGGCAUAAGCUUUUAGCAGGAAGGCUGAACAACUUAGGGGUUGGGCUUGUGAGCCGAUAUGAACACACGGGCAAGAUAGAGGAUCUAGAAGAGGCAAUCCUAGUAGCACGACAGACGGUCGAGAUCACGCCGGAUGGCCAUCCUGAUCUGGCAGGAAGGCUGAGCAACCUAGGCACCAUAUUCGGUCGCCAAUACAAACACACAGGCAAGAUAGAGGAUCUAGAAGAGGCAAUCCGAGUAGCACAACAGGCGGUCAAGGUCACGUCAGACGACCAUCCUAAUCUGGCAGGUUGGCUGAGUAACCUAGGAAAUAAACUUGAAAGCCGAUAUGAACGUACGGGCAAGAUAAAGGACCUGGAAGAGGCCAUCCGAGUAACACGACUGGCGGUCAAGGUCACGUCAGAUGAUCAUCCUGAUCUGGCAGGAAUGCUGAGCAAUCUGGGAAUCAAACUUAUUCGUCAAUAUGAACGUACAGGCAAGAUAGAGGACCUAGAAGAGGCAAUCCGAGUAACACGACAGGCGGUCAAGGUCACGCCGGAUGACCAUCCUGGUCUGGCAGGAAGGCUAAAUAACUUAGGAAACAUACUCGGUCGCCAAUACAAACAUACAGGCAAGAUAGAGGAUCUGGAAGAGGCAAUCCGAGUAACACGAAGGCGGUCAAGGUGUCACGUCAGACGACCAUCCUAA